AUUUUCUCUAUCUAUUGCAAUAGCGUUGUAAUGGGAAUUACGCCUACCUUUCUUUUCUUAUUGAAUUUAUUUUAGUGUACUUUUAACAUAAAAACCAUUUUCUAGUGAUAAUAUAGUCAUCUUUGAUUAUAAUUGUGUUGUGUAUAACUUAAUUCGCGUCUUGUAAUAUUACAAAACAUAAAGUUUUAGACCCUUGACCCAGUAAAACUUAGUCAACAUGAAGAAAAAGGUUCUGUUGAUGGGCAAGAGUGGCUCAGGGAAGACGAGCAUGAGGUCCAUUAUAUUUGCCAACUACAUCGCCAGAGACACAAGAAGACUGGGUGCUACAAUUGAUGUAGAACACUCACACGUCCGCUUCCUGGGCAACUUGGUGCUGAACUUGUGGGACUGCGGUGGUCAGGAAGCUUUCAUGGAGAACUACUUUGCCUCACAGAGAGACAACAUAUUCCGGAAUGUUGAAGUGCUCAUCUAUGUGUUUGAUGUGGAGAGCCGAGAGAUGGAGAAGGAUAUGCAUUACUAUCAGUCCUGCUUAGAAGCUAUAUUACAGAAUUCUCCCGAAGCUAGGAUAUUCUGCCUGGUACACAAAAUGGACUUGGUACCGGAAGAACAGCGUGAGGAGAUCUUCAAAGCGAGAGAGGAAGACCUGAAGAGGCUGUCCAAGCCUCUCGAGUGCACCUGCUUCAGAACUAGUAUAUGGGACGAGACUUUAUACAAAGCAUGGUCGAGCAUAGUGUACAAGUUAAUACCCAACGUGAAGGCGCUAGAGUCUUCACUGAAACAGUUCGCGGAGAUCGUAGACGCCGACGAGGUGCUGCUAUUCGAGCGGGCGACGUUCCUGGUGGUGUCGCACUGCCAGCAGCGGCCGCACCGCGACGCGCACCGCUUCGAGAAGGUCUCCAACAUCGUCAAGCAGUUCAAGCUCUCCUGCUCCAAGCUCGCCGCGCAGUUCCAGAGCAUGGAGGUCCGCAACAGCGUAUUCGCAGCAUUCAUAGACGGUUUCACGAGCAACACAUACGUCAUGGUAGAGAUGUCAGACCCGAAGAUCCCCUCCGAAGCCACGCUGAUCAACAUCAGAAACGCGCGCAAACACUUCGAAAAGCUAGAGAAAGUCUCCUCAAGUGCCCCGAGUUCAUACCAAUGAGGAAUGACGGAGUUAUAGAACUGUGUAGUUAAUUAUAUCGAAUGAGUGCUGUGCGAAGCACGGUGUCUUGCCAAAGCAAGGUGUAGUCCGUUUGUAAUGGCGCGAGUUUGUGGGAAUUUUGUUCAGAUAGAUACGUAAAAGUAUCCAGAAGACACGCGAAGAGUUUUAACCGAUUUCCGGAAAAAAAAACGAAAAAGAAUGUUCUUCGGAUUUUUUUAUUUUUGCUCCUCAUGUUUAUGUUACAGAUUGAUUUCAUUAUGUUACUUUACGUAAUUGGGAUGCAGGAUUUGUUGGAUAAAUGUGGGUGAAAUACCUUUUCAUUUUAUAUUUUAGGAUACGCAAAUAGACGAGAGUAUGAACCCACACAAUAUCUCGUUAUUUUUCUUCUUCUAUCAGUAAGUUUAUGCAACUGAAAAUGAUUUUAAAGCAUCUACAUAUCAGAAUAUCUACAACAUAUGAUACAGGUAUUUUAUAAGACAUAUAUUGGUUUCUUAUGGUUGUAUUCAGAAAAAAUCGGAAUAUAUUUCUUAAAACGGGUAGGUAGGAUUGUAGUGGCCUUAUGUAACUCGCGUCAUAACAAAUGGACGGAGACAAUACUUAGCUAAUACAUUUGUUGGCUUUAAUAUAUUUAUGCCACUGGUGUCCGAAUACUCAAACUUCCCACUCGAAAUACCCUCUAAACUUCAAAACUAACAGAGGUUUAAAAAAAACAGUCGUCUAUGCUGUCGGUCAACUUGACCCUAAAUGUCACACUGACUCAAAUACAGACAGGUUUUCAGGAAAAGUUAUAAAAAAAGUUCGUCAAAUCUAUUCGUAGGGUCGUACAUAAAGUAUUCGGCCACAACAGUGGUUUUUUAUGUAUAACUAAGUAUUUAAUAUACAAUUUAUGUAACAUUUUAAUAUUUUAACCAUCAGUCUAAAUGUUUUAGUUCAAAAUUGUUCUUAGUUUAAGUUAGAAGUCGUUCUUGAUCAUUGCCUGUCGUUUAAAAUAACUGGAAUUUUCUGAAGUUCAGUGACCUAUGCAGGUUGUUUUAUUUUUCAGGGAAAAUAUAACUUACGUACGUAAUCUACCUAUUUAUGAUUAUGAUUCAAAUAGUGAACAAUUGGUAGUUUCAAAUAAAUUGAUUCAAAUCAAGAAGUUUUCGUGAAGAACUGUGAUACUGUUACUAAUAUUGUAGCACUCAAUCAUUUUUCUAACGAACUGCUCUCAUUUCUGACAAUUUAUCAACAUCUUGGCUUACGAAAGUAUAAACAGAUAUGCGGUAAUAAAGCGUCAAUGUUCGUAAUGUGACAUUCUAGUGGUGAGUUGCACUUUAUACCUAUAACGAUAACCGAACCAUUCUCAGUUGUCAAAUCGAUGAUUUGACCAAUAGGUGGAAAGUACACAUCUGGUUGUGGUUUAGUUAUCGUUAUAUGUAGUUAAACGGUGCACCGUGAGGGUUAAAACUUUUGUCUUCCGACCACUUCUAAACAUUUACAAGGCGGGUGAUUUCAUACAAAUCAUUUUUGUUUUUUUUUUUUUAUUUCAAUGAUUAAAAUGUCGUAUUUUUUGUUGUAGAUUAAAAGACAUUAAUUUUGACAACAUAAACCGGCGACAAGUCGCGAUAUCUAUUGAAAUAAGUGUGUUAUAUUAAAACUAAAGCUGCUUUAUCAUUUAUUUAGGUUACGUUACUGUGAUUGUGUAAGGGUUACAAUUUCAGUAAAUGAACGGUUGAUACGAUCUCAUUUCAUAGCUUGCAAAAGAUUUAAGGUACGUUUUAAAUUCUUGCUACGGACUGCAACUCCAACCGCACAAGCCGCGAGUGCAUAAAGUAGUGCGGCUGUGGCCGACUUCAUGCAGUCGGCAGCAAGAAUUCAAAACGUACCUUUACGUAUUUCGUUUCACCAAGAAUAAUUUAAGUAAUUUUGACUCUCAUACGCUUAGCUUAGUUACUCAAAUACUCAAUAAGGUCCCGUUAAAAUAAUUGCUAUAUUUUUUUGGGCGUUUUGACGAUAAUUUACCACGCCUUAAUGUAGCCAAUAUUUUGAUGGGAACACAAAGUUACCUUUUCAUAUACUGAAAUUGCACCUAUUAAAUAUAAUUAUUUUAUCUGUUAUUACGUUAAGACCGUUUAUCUGAACAGUUUAUUUUGUUUGAAAGUCUAUUAGUAUUUAUUGAAAUACGGUCAGCAUACAAGACUAAGUCUUAUUAUCCGAUAUUUUUAUGUUGCACAAUGUAUAGUCAGCAACAAUGGUUGCUGAUGUUUUUUAAACCACAAGCCUAUUAAAAGAAUUUUAUAUUUA